AUGUUCAUCCCGGAAAACACGCCAAACAACAACCAAUCAUUGUGCCCACGUAGUGGUGUACGCAUGAGUGCUGGUUUCAAACCUUUGUGUUCUGAAGUCGUUCAAGUGCGUCAAGUGACUGUGAAGCGGACAAUGAUACUCGGUCGCUUGUCGGUUGAACUCUGGAGUCUCCCCGUCAUAUCGGACGUGUCUCCAAUUGCACUCACCGCUGUGCCGUUAUCCGAUGACCUCAAUAGUCUUUCGCCACAGCAUAACAUGCGGUCGAAGGCCUCACUCUCUAAUGACGGUCGCACCGCACGUGCCCGCUCUGACCCCCGACUGACUUCUGUCGCUGGAAGAAGCACAGGAUCUAGAGAGGCGACCAGGGAUUCCCAAAUCGAGCGGUCGCUCGAGGUCAUUGGUAUGUCGUCCGGCCGCCUGAUCGUCGUCCUUUCUGAGAUAUCACAGGACCUUGAACUUGUGGAGGAUCUAUCAAACGACGGUCACAAAGGUUCCUGCGAGAUGUACAAGUCGUUCGAGAUGUGUCUCACCAAACAGGGAUAUGUCAAGACCAUGCUGACAUCACCGAUACAUCGUGACGCGCAUUGGUGGGACGACGUGUUCUCGUCUACCUCCCCACUCAAAUGCAAUGCAUUGUCCCCGACUCUGCGUCCCCGCGCGGAACCAUCACUGUUAGUCGUCUCCUCGCUCUUCCCAAUGCUAUCCCCCUUGGCAGACAACGCUACAGAGGGAAGGCAAGAUUCGAUCAAGAGAACGCCAACAUCGCUGGGGUUGAUGAAGAGGUCGACAUGUGGGGGACCCCGAGGUACGGUCGGCGGCUCGGCCGUCGUCCUGGCGCAGGCCUCUCCGUGGCCCUCGGGACCAGUACCUGUCGACGUGUACACGCCGGCGGGGAAGCUAACGUGCGCUGAAACCAAGACCGGAACUCACGUUCCAUCGGGGUGCAACCUCACACAAGAUGUAUCCUCAUGCUUCCAAUCACCCGACUGGAGCACGAAAUGCCCUCUUCUCGGCCGAGCUCACUUGGGUGCUUCAACCAUGCGCGUCGGCGCGAUCUCACGCACACUUCCCAAGGGCCCGUGGAAUACCACGAUGUCCCACUGCAGAGUGCGCAAGGGAAGUGACACGCCGCACAGAAGACGGGGACACUACUCCGGCGAGUGGGCAGUGAUCGUGUUCCUCUCAUACAUCAAGGUGUCGGGAUGCGAUGAAGAUAUAUCACGUCAAGCUGACAAGAGCGGUAGAUCGGCCGAUGAAGAGGUCGACGUAUGGGUGAUCCCGAGGUACGGUCGGCUCUUGCACCAGCCGUCCCAGCGCAGGCCUCUUCGUGGCCCUCGGGACUAG